CAGUAUAGAUGCUAUCAAAGAACUGCUUCACAGAAACUGACAUAAUCAAGCCUGUUUAGACAAGAUGCGUUGGUUUGAGGGAUCUAUACCAGCAGCUAUUGCCUCUGCUAAACAAAACAACUCGAUUUUUGUGGUCGUUAUCACAGGAGACGAUGAGCAGUCGACACAGCUGAUGUCAAGCUGGGAGGAUGACAGUGUAGCAGAGGCCACAAACAACAGCUGUGUAGCAAUUAAAGUGGACGCUAAGAGUGAGACGUGUGUCCAGUUCUCCCAAAUCUAUCCCGUGGUGUGCAUCCCAUCCAGUUUCUUCAUAGGUGAAAAUGGAAUUCCCCUGGAGGUUAUUGCUGGCAGUGUAUCAGCUCAAGAGCUCACAAAGAGGAUCAGCAAAGUCAAAGAGAUGCACUCUCAGCAGUUGGAUGUUGUUGCUAACGCUCAUGCUGAUACAGGAGCUUGUGCAGAUCCUCCAUGCCCUGCCAGCACAGUCUCAGACCUGACUGCACCGCAGCCAUCACCUGACACAGACUCUCUGCCUGUUCAAAGCCAACCUGCUGCUACACCAAGUGUCUUUACCCCUGCCACGUCUAAAGAAUCACUGUCCACAACUGAGGAGGAGAGUCGAGUCUCAGGUCAGGUAACUCCAGGUGACGAUCGAAGCCUUUCCUCUGAUGACACUUCACAGGCCUCUCAGGUGGAGGAGGACCUGGAUGCCAAGGUGCAGAGAUUAACAAAGAAACUUGAAGAGAGAAGGGAGCAGAGGAAACAAGGAGAAGAGGAGAACGAGAUAAAGAAGGAGAUUGAGAGACGGAAGCUGGGCAAAGACAUGCUGGAUUUCAAGCGGAAGCAGGAGGAGGAGAAGACCAAACGCUUACUGGAGGAGAGGAACAGAGAGAAAGCAGAGGAAAGGGCAGCCCGGGAGCGUGUUAAACAACAGAUUGCAUUGGACCGUGCUGAUAGGGCGGCUCGUUAUGCUAAGAACCAGGAAGAAGUAGAGGCAGCCAGACAGGCGGCGCUGCAGGCCAAGCUCGCAGAGCAGGAAGCCCGGAGAGAGGCCAACCAGAGAGAGAGGAGUGCCAUUGCAAGGAUACAGUUCCGCCUGCCUGAUGGGUCCUUUUUCACCAACCAGUUUCCUUCAGAAACCCGGCUGCAGGAGGCCAGACAGUUUGCAGCACAGGAAGUGGGCAACAGAUAUGGCCACUUUUCCUUGGCGACCAUGUUUCCUAGGAGGGAAUUCACAGGAGAGGACCUGCAAAAAACACUACUAGAGCUUGGGCUAGCACCCAGUGCCUCUGUUGUGCUGUUGCCUCAGACAGGUCGACCAGCCAAUACUGUGGUCCAGUCUUCUGGUGGGGGGUUGUGGGCAGUGCUGGGGACUAUCCUGUACCCACUGUUGGCAGUGUGGAGGUUCCUCAGUGGGUUCCUCUUCAGCAGUCCCCCUCCCCCUGGAGCAGCAGCCCCCCGCAACCAGUCUCAGAAUCCUUCAACCGCCUCCACCUCAGCUUCCUCCAGAGAACCAAAGAGAGACACUAUCCGGAAAAGGGUUCUGGAGAAGAGGCCAGAGGACUUUAAAAAAGAUGGCAAAAUCUACAGACUACGAACUCAAGAGGACAGUGAGGACGACAAUAAUACAUGGAAUGGCAAUUCUACUCAGCAAAUGUAGUGCAAUAACUCUCUCUCUCUCUCUCUCUCUCUCUCUCUCGUUUUUUCUCCCCUUCACCUCUCAUACUCUUUAUCUCUGACCUGUUUUGACUUUGUUGAGUACAUGUCAGUCUUACUGGUGGGUCAUGCCGAUUUAGGGCUACGAUUCUAAUCUUUCUUUGUUCCGGUUAUGCCCUCCCCAUCUGCUACAAGUCAGUCCUCUGCUUCUUCCCAGCAUGGGUAGAUGAAAUCAAGUUAACCUUCUGUUGGCUUUGCAUUCAAACUGCUCGAUUCACCCUUCAGAGUCAAACUGAGGAGACGUCCUCCCUGUCUGUUUUGUCCAUACUGUAAGUUCAAGGUGUCAGAGAUUUGGGUGGCAAAUAAGGGGGACAUCGAAGAUCUCACCAGUGGUUGAUGAUAUUGAGCUUUUUAUUUAGUGGUGUCCCAAAUAAAGAGAAGUAUGUCUUAGGGGGUUGGGCCAGGGGUUUUCAUAGCCAGUGUGUUUUAUAUUGAGGCUUGGUCCCCUUGGCAUCAACUGCCUUGGCAAUAGAAUGUUUGUACUAGUUGACCAUGGAAGCCACUUUACCAGUGUCAAUUAACAAUAGAACAUAAUCAAGAUGUUUUUGAAUAAAUUUUUGAUUUGGCUCUGUGAUACAAUUUGAUGUGACUCAUUAAUGUGAGAAUUAUUGAACUUGAUCAAAGUGAUCUUUAUGAAACACACAAUGGAAGGAUAUGCAAUGGGUGGUAACAAAGAACUGAUGGUAGUUUUGCUCCUUUUUUUUGUUGUUGUUGUGUUUGUGACUUGUUCCUUAUGUGUCAGCUGCUUAUACAAAUACGAAACAAGAAUAAUCAUCACCAUUUGAUUCUAAGUUUUCAAAGAGUCAGGAUGAGUUACCUAGUCUUUUUUUUUUACGCUGGGAUUAAAUUUAUGCUGACCAUUGUUACCAUCUUCUUUGUGGCAUGUCUUAACCAAACAUUUCAUUUAGA